UCGGAAAUGGGAAACCGGUGUCUUUUUGGGGUGCCUGAGGCUGGGGCAGCUCGUCCGGGUGGCGCUGGCUGUGCAUCGAGGUGCUGCUCGGGGCGGGGCGUUUUUGCUGCGGAGCCAGCGCUUCGCGGGUGACUGGAGCAUCGUAAAAUGGAAGCCACCAUCCCCGAUGGGAGACAGCAUCCCCCCACCCUCCGCACUGCCCCCUUCACCUGGGGAUGCCCUGCAGGGAGACCGCAGCCCCCCUCAGCGUGACCGACGCGGCCCUCCAGAUGUCAUCCCCUCGGAAAAGACCGUCCCACCCAUCCCUGCAGCCAUCCCCCCCUCUGAAAAGAUUGUCUCGCCCGUCCCUGCAGCCAUGCCCCCCUCGCGGCGGCCCGGCUGCCCCCCGGCUGUGAUGCCCCCCUCUGAGAGCAGCCCCCCUCAGCGUGACCGACCCAGCCCUCCAACUGCAGCACUGUCAGGACAGCCUGUACCUCCCAGCCCUGCAACUCUGGUUCCCUCAGCACAGAGUGUCCCCCCCCAGUGCGACUGGUCCCCCCCCGGGCCCCCCAAGCCCCCUGGGACAGAGCACCCCAAAGAAGAGGCACUGCCCCAUGCCACUGGCCAGCCUGUCCCCGUCCACGCUGCCGCCCCUUGCUCGGCAGAGACACCGCCCCACGGGAGCCAGCCCCCAGCCCCAGCUGCCGCUGAAGGGGCUCCUCCUGAUGCCAGGAGCUCCCUGGGUGCCGCAGCCGGGCCCUCGAAAGAUGUGACCCCCCGCAGCAACCGCCCCUCACCGUCUCCUGCUGCCAGCCCCCGACCCAAGCAAGAUGCCCAGAAAGCCCAGGCAAGGCACAAGCAGGCAAAAGAGCGGCGUGAGGAACGGGCCAAGUACCUGGCUGCCAAGCGGGUGCUAUGGCUGGAGAAGGAGGAGAAGGCCCGACUGCUGCGGGAGAAGCAGCUGGAGGAGCGGCGCAAGCGGCUGGAGGAGCAGCGGCUGCGAGCGGAGAAGCGCCGGGCGGUCCUGGAGGAGCGGCAGAGGCAGAAGCUGGAGAAGAAUAAGGAGCGCUAUGAGGCAGCAAUCCAGCGGUCGGUCAAGAAGACGUGGGCAGAGAUCCGGCAGCAGCGGUGGUCCUGGGCUGGGGCCCUGCACCACGGCUCCCCUGCGCACAAGGACGGUGCGAGCCGGUGCUCGGUGUCCGCUGUAAACCUCCCCAAACACGUCGACUCUAUAAUCAACAAGCGGCUCUCCAAAUCCUCCGCCACCCUCUGGAACUCUCCCAGUAGAAACCGGAGCCUGCAGCUGAGCCCGUGGGAGAGCAGCAUCGUGGACCGGCUGAUGACGCCCACCCUGUCCUUCCUUGCGCGCAGCCGGAGCGCUGUGACGCUGGCUGGGAAUGGCAAGGAGCAGGUGCCUGUGUGUCCCCGCUCAGCCUCUGCCAGCCCCCUCAGCCCCUGCCACAACCACCGCCUGCCACACCGCUGCUGGGAGCGCCGGAAGGCGGCCGCUGCCAGCCCUGAUGUGACGCCGCGCCGCAGGACCGAGCCCUCGCCCAAGAAGAAGGAGAAGAAGGAGAAGGAUCGGGACAACGCCAAGGAGCGCAGUGCCCUGUCCCGUGAGCGCAGCCUCAAGAAGCGGCAGGCACUGCCGGCAGCACAGCCCCGGCUCCUGCCUGCGGCUGACAGCAGCCCUGGCCCCAAGAACCGUCCCUCAUCCCCUGCCAUUCCCAAGAACCGUCCCUCGUCGCCUGCCACCCCCAAGAACCGUCCCUCAUCCCCUGCCACCCCCAAGAACCGUCCCUCGUCCCCUGCCACCCCCAAGGCCCGGCCGGCGUCCCCCAGCCCGGCCCUCAGCUCUCCCCACAAGCCACCCCUGCCUCGAAGUGCCCAUUCCUCCCCCAAGGUGCGGGCCAGGGCCCGGGAGGAGCGGGGGGAGCAGGAGAGCCAGGCGAAGGUGCGGGAGAGGAUGGAGGAGGAGCGGGGUCUGGCACCCGCGGCCCUUCCUGAGCCCCCCAAGGUGUCCGCAGAGCCGACAGCAGCACACCCAGUCCCUACGGCCCCCAGCCCUGUGCCGGCCAGCCCCCCAGCCAGACCCUCCGCCGGCACCACGGACCGGGAGGAGGCUGCCCGGCUGUUGGCAGAGAAGCGACGCCAGGCCCGGGAGCAGCGGGAGCGGGAGGAACGGGAGCGCCGGGAGCAGGAGGAGCAGGAGAGGCGGGCGCAGGAGGAGCGGGCGCAGCGGGCGGCCGAGGAGCAGAGCCGGCGGGGGGCCCUGGCACGGCAACGGGAGGAGGAGCGGCGGCUGCAGGAGGAACGAGAGGCCCAGGAGAGAGCCCGAGCAGAGCGAGAGGAGAUGGAGCGGCUGCAGAGACAGAAGGAAGAGGCCGAGGCCAGGGCACGCGAAGAGGCUGAGCGGCAGCGCCUGGAGCGGGAGAAGCACUUCCAGCGUGAGGAGCAGGAGCGGCUGGAGAGGAAGAAGCGCCUGGAGGAGAUCAUGAAGAGGACGCGCAAGUCGGAUGCAGCAGACACCAAGACCCUCACAGCUCUCCUGUCCCUGCAGAAGAAGGAGGACAAGAAGGUGGUGAAUGGGAAAGCAGCUGAGCAGGAAGAUAUCCCAGGCCGCGAGAAGCACCUGGGGCCAAUCCCGAAGGCAGAGGAGCUCCCGGAGACAGAGACCCCAAGUGCAGGGACACCAGGGGGAACGAAGGCCUUGGUGGGCGAGGGGCUGCAGCCAAGCUCCAAGGAGGCAGCGGCCCUGGUGAAUGGCGUGCAGCCCAGCAAGCACGAGAACGGCUUCUCGGGCACCGAGGGCUCCAAGGAGCUGCGGGAUCUCUCCCACAACGGUGGUAGCCCCGGCAGCAUCAUCCCCUUUGGUGACAAGGAGCCUUUCCUCAAGCAGGCCGUGGUGAAGCCCCCGCAGGUGACAGAGGUGCUGUGAGGGCCUGGCCGAUGUUCCCAGGGGCCACUGCCCGUGCCGUGACCCCGGCGGCGGCCCAUGCAGACCCGUAGCUGUCAUCAGAACACGACCCUUGCUGCUCCUCCCGGGCGCCCGGGGGCUGUGGGACCCCGGCAAGGACGCCUGGCUCCUCUCUUUGUUCUCGUUUUUAUUUCGUUUUGUUGGGUUUUUUAUUUUAAAUAUGCACCUUAUCAGACUGACAGCCCACCCUCGCAGCCUGCCGGAGCCGCCCCAGACGUGUGGUGUAAUGAUGUAGUUAUUUAACUCGCUGGGUACAACGUCUGUGAAUACUGUAAAUAGAGCCGGCCGGGCGUGGGGAUGCUCUGCGGGGCUCGGGGAGGUGGGGGUCACAGCUCCCUGUCCCCACAUUCCCCCGCAUGUCCGUGUGUCCGGUGUCCCCGGGCCCGGCCGGCACCACGCUGCUCUGUGCCCUUGUGACAGUGUUAUGCAUCCAGACAACCUUUGACAACAAUUAAAAGUGGACAAUGCC